AUGCCCGCCCGACUGCCGAUCCACCGAUCGUGCGCGUGGGGCUUGCAUGAUGCGUAUGCGGUGAAUGUUCUACUUGACUAUCGGCUGUCCGACAUGGCUCGGGCGCUGUCCCGGAAGCUGUCGUCACACUCCUUCCCGCGCUGCGACGGCGCUGCCAUCGCCGUGCUGCUUCGCCCGAGCGCUGAAGACGGCGGCGACAGCUGGCGGGGCGAGGGGAGGAUGCAGUCAGAGCGCCGAGCCAUCCACUCACCCUUUGCUGACGACACCGGAAGCACGCUCUGGGCGUCUGCAGCUGCGCUAUGCGCGCACCUCGCGUCGCUCGACCCGGCGGCGCUGCCCGCAGGCCCGCGGGUGGAGCUCGGCACCGGCCUCGGGCUAUGCGGCAUCGCGCUCGCGAAGCUCGAUGCGGCGAGGGGCGUGAGGGAGCCGCUCGUGUGCACCGACGGCAGCGACGACGCGCUGCGGGCGUGCCGCGACAACAUCGCGCUCAACGACAUCCGCGCGGAGACCGAGCGGCUGGAGUGGGGCAACGUCCGCCAAGCCGAGGCGCUCCUCCGACGGCUCGGGCGGCGGCCCGGCCUUAUCAUCGGCUCUGAUCUCACCUACUCCCUCGACUCCAUUCCGCCUCUGGUCCAGACGGUCGCAGCGCUCGGCGCCACUGCCACGCUGCUCGCCUUCCCGCCGCGCAUCGGGGCCGGCUCGCUCGCCGUGCGGGAUGGCUUCAGGUGCGAGGAGCACGCGCGCCUCGCACGGCUCGCAAAGCAGGCCGGGCUGGUCGUGCGGCAGGCCGGGCCGUCGCUGAGCACUCACGUCAACGGAGAGGAGGUCGUCCUCCUCUCCCUCGAGAGAGGCGACUAA